AUGUACGACCAUGCUGGCGGCGGCUACGCUUUUCUGAGAUGGACACGCGUGGCCGACGACCCUUUCCACAUGGAAUCUCUAGCCCGCAAAGCCGCCAAGGAACCUCUCUCUUCAUCGCCUAUUGAACGCGCCACAGCACAAAUCCUCAUGGAUCAAAUCCAACACGAGGAACAUAACUUCCCGCAGAUUGAGAUCCUCUUUCCCGACGAAUAUGAAGGACCUGAAGGAUCCAACCUAAUUACCCCGCGCAUCAUAUCCAAGCUCUCGCAUCCGCAGCAAGAUACUUGCGCACGAUCGCCUCCACAGCGCCUCUUCGUGACGCCUAGACCGAGGAAUACGAACCAGGUCUUUCCGUGGUCGGUGAGGGGCCUGGUAGAGACGGCCAAUGGUGAGAACACGCAAUCAAGAACAGUUUCACAAUAUCCUGUCGGUACAUGCGCGAUGUUACCAAAGGAGCUACAUGGGGUGGUCGAUGGCAGUGUCAUGCCAGUUUUGAUUUCUGGACAUAUACAAACAGCCGUAUAUGGCAUUGCAGAACGAGAAGCGGAGAUGAUCAUUAAGAGGUGGCAGUAG